UCAGCUCCUCUGAUAAUGACUCCUAAAAUGAGUACUGGUGAGAAGCAGAGGUUGGUUAAGACGAAGACAGAAAUGGGUUCAUCAGCCUAUGAAAGGGCAAAAGCUUUCGAGUCUAAAAACCCUUUCCACAUUUCUGUCAUGUAUCCAUAUUAUGUUUCCUCUAGAUUGACUAUUCCCUUGGCAUUUGCUAAGAAACACUUUCUUGGUCAGUUGUCUAAUAAUAAUGAUUUGGUGCUGGUUUCGGGUGGGAGAUCAUGGCCUGCAAAAUGCACUCGGAGUGGAGACAGUGCCAGAAUUAAUGGAUGGAAGGCAUUCGUGGUGGACAACAAAUUAAAAGUAGGCGACGUUUGCAUCUUAGAGAUCAUGAAAGGCAAGAAAUUGAGUGUGAACAUCAUUGUAUUCCCUGCAGAUGAUUAAGGAUGCAUAAUAUGGUUAUUAGUUGCCUGGUAGUCUUCUUAAGUGAGACCUAUAUAUGUUUUCUGUUUUUGUGUAUGAUAUAUAUGUGAAUUUUGGAGAUGAUAACCUGUAGACUGUAGUGCUGCUGCCUGCUUAUUAUGGUGUUUGGUUUCUUGUUGGCUUUCAUAUGUUGAAUCUCUUGAGAAGCAGCAUUUGCUUUGGUUGAUCUGACAAUGAACCUCUUGGCAAGAUGUAUAGAUUGUUAGUACGGAGUAUAAUUC